AUUUUUUUCUAUUUUGUAUUUACAAUUAUUUACAUCUAAAUAUUUUAUUUUUGUAUGUUUUAUGAACACUUUUGUUCUUUUUCACUUAUAUUGUUCUAUAAAUGGAUGCUUCUGUUGGGCAAUACAGAAUUAUUAUUAUUAUUAUUAUUAUUAUUACUAAAUAAUAAUUACUGUGUUUCUGUUGGUUUUGUGACUAGGAUACAUCUCAAGUUGUUUGUAUUUAUUCAUCGACAGCUCCUACUCUGCAAAUAUAGUUGCUUUGCUGCAGUCAUCAUCUACAAGUAUCCAGACGCUAGAAGAUCUUCUGAAGUCGCGUCUCAAAGUGGGAAACGCCAUUGAGCCGAUAAGACACGCAUUAUAUUUGCAAAAAGUUGCACCUCCAGGAAAGCCUGACAACUUCAUGCAUUUAGAAGAAGGGGUAAGGAGAAUGAG